AUGGCCGUUGUACCGUAGAACUGCCGGUAGUUAGCCACGCCCCUCCAUUUUAAAGUAAGGGCGGUCAUGUGACCCGUGUCAUAUGAUCUGCGGUGACUAUUACCGGUAGUUGCAGUCUAGCUGCUGUCCGCGAAACUAGAUGGAGACAAGAUGCAGGUGAAGGUCGUGUUAUGUUACUUCCUGUCUUCACUGCUGUACAUCAGCGCUGCUCCAGCUGCAGAUGAGGUGACCUACCUGCCUGGUCUGCGAAAGCAGCCGAGCUUCAGACAUUAUUCUGGUUAUCUGAGCGUGGCUGAUGGGAAACACCUGCACUACUGGUUUGUGGAGUCCCAGCAUGAACCGUCCUCAGACCCAGUGGUGCUGUGGUUAAAUGGAGGACCUGGCUGCAGCUCCAUGGAUGGAUUCCUGACUGAACAUGGACCCUUCCUGGUUCAGGAUGAUGGUGUGACACUGCAGUAUAAUCCAUACUCCUGGAAUAAGAUUGCCAACAUGUUGUACCUGGAGUCUCCAGCAGGUGUCGGCUUCUCGUACUCUGACGAUCAGAAAUAUGUCACCAAUGACACUGAGGUGUCGAUGAACAACUACCUGGCUAUGAAGGAGUUUUUUAAUCUGUUCCCUGAGUUUAGCAAGAACCAGCUUUUCCUGACAGGAGAGAGUUACGGAGGAAUCUACAUUCCAACACUGGCUGAGAGAGUGAUGGAGGACGCCAGCCUCAACUUGCAUGGCAUUGCUGUGGGAAACGGGCUUGCCAGUUAUGAGCUAAAUGACAACUCUCUGGUUUACUUUGCUUAUUAUCAUGGAUUGCUGGGAACCAAACUAUGGACUGAGCUCCAGACUUUCUGCUGCAAGAACGACACCUGCAACUUUUACUAUAGCAAGAAUUUAAACUGCACUGGCAGCGUGAAUGAGGUUCAAGAGAUUGUCUACAGUUCAGGACUGAACAUGUACAACUUGUACGCUAACUGUCCAGGCGGAGUAGGACAAAGAGUCAGUGUGGAGCGGGGUGAGCUGGUGAUCAGGGACCUGGGCAAUUCCUUCAUCCACCAUCCAUGGUCUCAACUGUGGAGCCAGAAGUUGCGAGGUCUGGCUUCUCUGCACCAGUCCGUCCGCCUGGACCCUCCCUGUACAAACUCCACCCCAUCGACGCUGUACCUGAACAACCCAUACGUCAAAGCUGCUCUGCACAUCAGUCCCAAGGCUCUGGACUGGGUCAUCUGCAGCUCUGAGGUGAACCUUAACUAUGGCCGCAUUUACAUGGACGUGAAGAAACAGUAUCUGAAGCUGCUUUCUGCUCUGACCUACCGUGUCCUGGUCUAUAAUGGGGACGUAGACAUGGCCUGCAACUUCAUGGGGGACGAGUGGUUCGUGGAGUCUCUCCACCAGCAGGUGGAGGUUAAGAGGCGUCCGUGGAUCUACGAAGAUGUAGACGGUCGCCAGGUCGGAGGCUUUGUUAAAGAGUUUGACAACAUCGCUUUCCUCACCGUCAAGGGUUCUGGUCACAUGGUUCCAUCAGAUAAACCAAGGGCUGCCUUUGCCAUGUUCACCAGAUUUAUCCAGAAACAGCCCUACUGACCUCUGACACCUCUUCCUCCACCUCCUGUGUUUGGAUUUGUUUUGGGCUGCUGCAAUUUUUUAUAUUACCUCUCACUGCCAGCAAAUGAACACGGCUCCCCUCUGAUAUUUGCUGCACAUUAUCAAACACACUGAUGAUGCUGCAACAGAUGAUUGCCUUUUUUUUUUGAUUAGUAGUUGUCAUAGAAGCCAGUACUUUCUGUUGGUUUUAAGGGAAAAACGGAUGUAAUAAAUAUUUGAUCUUUGUCUUGACUGUGA